AUGUCGUCUGCGUAUAACCCGAUCAAGCUCCGCCGGAAGAAGAAUGUCAAGAAGGGUAUUCAGUUCUGCCUGAUGGUCUGCGGUGCCAGUGGAACCGGACGCACAACCUUUGUCAACACGCUUUGCGGGAAGCAGGUUCUGGAGGGCAAGGAUGCGGAUGACGCUGCCAAUGCUCACAUUGAGGAGGGCGUUCGCAUCAAGCCGGUGACAGUUGAACUCGAAUUGGACGACGAGGGCACUCGGAUCUCCCUCACCAUCGUUGAUACCCCGGGUUUUGGUGACCAGAUUGACAAUGAAGCCAGCUUUGGUGAGAUUGUGGGAUACCUAGAACGCCAAUACGACGAUAUUCUUGCCGAGGAAUCACGAAUUAAGCGAAACCCCCGCUUCAGGGAUAACCGUGUCCACGUCCUCCUGUACUUCAUCACACCAACCGGCCACGGGCUCCGUGAGUUGGAUAUUGAAUUGAUGAAGCGUCUCUCCCCGCGUGUCAACGUUAUCCCCGUUAUCGGAAAGGCCGACUCGCUCACCCCUGCGGAACUCGCCGAGUCGAAAAAGCUCAUCAUGGAAGAUAUUGAGCACUACCGCAUUCCUGUUUACAACUUCCCUUAUGAUAUCGAGGAGGACGACGAGGACACCGUGGAGGAGAACGCCGAGCUCCGGGGACUGAUGCCGUUUGCCAUUGUUGGCUCGGAUGACUUUGUGGAAAUCGACAGCCGCAAAGUACGAGCUAGGCAGUACCCCUGGGGUGUUGUCGAGGUUGAGAACCCCCGACACUCAGACUUUUUGGCCAUCCGAAGCGCUUUGCUCCACAGCCAUCUUGCAGAUCUGAAGGAGAUUACCCACGACUUCCUAUACGAAAACUACCGUACCGAGAAGCUUAGUAAGAGUGUUGACGGUGCUGUUACGAGCGGUGGCGAUUCAUCGAUGAACCCCGAAGACCUGGCAACUCAAUCCGUCCGCCUGAAGGAAGAACAACUCCGCCGCGAGGAAGAGAAGCUGCGCGAGAUUGAGCUCAAGGUACAGCGUGAGAUUGCUGAGAAACGUCAGGAACUGUUGGCUCGCGAGAGUCAACUGAGGGAGAUCGAGGCGCGCAUGGCCCGCGAGGCAAGCCAGGAGCAAAGCGCCAACGGCGAGCAGUAA